AUGUCACCAUACGACUUCCACUUCUUGACUCCUCGCCUUUACCUUUCCUACUGCGACCCAUCAUCUGAUGCACACUGCGACUUUGUCAUCGAGCUCCUUCACGGGGCUCCCUCUGUUCGACGGCAUCCAAACAUUGUUGAAGAAGUACCAGAUCGUGAAGCUGCCACGAAAAUUAUAAGCAACGGGGAUGAGAAACUCCGCACGACGGGCUAUGGACGGUACCUAGUCAGCUUGAAACCAUCCCCACCGGAAGAAGAAAGGCACGCUGGCAUUCCGUUCUCACAAAGGAAACUGGAACAUAUCGGUUAUGUCACCAUGCAACUCGGUCGUGUUCCAGGCGAACAAGCACCUACCAUACCGGACUUGGGCUUCAACAUGAUUGAGCGUUAUCACGGGAAAGGGUAUGCGACCGAAGCCGCACAAGGUCUGAUCGCCUACUUCAGUGAGGAGAAGGGCGUAAAAGAGAUUGCAGGUCUGACUGACCCCGAUAAUGAAGAAGCGCAAAAAUUAUUUAGAAGAUUGCGUUUCAAGAACCAUGGGGUGAGGAGUAUAAAGGGUGUUCGGUGGUCAGGUGAGGAACUCGAUGUGGAUGUUUGGACCUUUGGAUUGGAAGAUGGCAGAAAGCUGGAGGACUUUGGGCUCUAG